AUGCUGUUGUUAAGGCAGGCAGCAUUACCACAAAAAUCCAUGGUAGUAUUUAAUAGUGCUGCAAGUGCUAAAUCUGGGUUGUCGUUGAAAUUCCUAUAUUUCUCCAAGUCCAGAGUUGCACCAAUGCAUCCAACUACCAUACCGAGAUUAGAGUUUUGGGGAACUGUGCUACUGUCAGAAUUAAUUACAGAGGUUAACUUAAAAGACUAA